CGCGGCGUGAUGACGGAGGCGCCGGGCGCGAAUUUUGAAAGGCGGGCGGCGGAAAAGCCGCUGGCGGCCAUCUUGGGGGGGCUGGUGAUGGCUGAGGUAACGGGGGCGGUCGCCGCCAUUGAGGGGGUUCUCCUCUCCUUUCUCCUCACCUGAGGCAUCUCCUCCAUCCCUAAAAACUCCUCCGGCCCCACCGCUUUCCCAACGCCUUCGUGUCCGCCCGCCUGCUCGGCGACCUCCGAACUCGUAGGUCUUGCCUUCCUCGACCACCCGGUUGUUACUAGUGGCCGUCGGCGUAGCUUGACGGGAUGAGACGCAGCACGCUGACCGGCAGCGGCGCCGGCCGGCAGUCCAUGCAGGCCCUCAGAGCGCAGGAUUCCAAUAAACUGGGCCUCCACACUCCCCAAACCAAAGAAAGACCGACAUUUGGGAAACUGAGUGUAAGUAAACCCCAAUCUGGUACGUCGGAAAGAAGAGUCAGCUUCUUUGGUAAAAGAACAAGUGGUCCUGGAUCACGCAACAGCCAGUAUGGUAUAUUUGGCACGGAAAAAAUCAAGGAUCCCAGGCCACUUAAUGACAAGGCAUUUAUCCAACAGUCCAUCCGUCAACUCUGCGAGUUUCUUUCAGAAAAUGACUACGCUUUCAACGUGUCCAUGAAAUCUCUUCAAGCACCGUCCGUUAAAGACUUCCUAAAGAUCUUCACUUUUAUUUAUCGUUUCUUGUGCCCCUCUUAUGAGCUUCCUGAUGCUAAGUUUGAGGAAGAGGUUCCUCGAAUCUUCAAAGACCUUGGGUAUCCCUUUGCGAUAUCCAAAAGCUCCAUGUACACCGUGGGGGCACCGCACACGUGGCCUCAGAUUGUGGCCGCCUUGGUUUGGCUGAUCGACUGUGUCAAGCUCUAUCACGCCAAGAAGGACAGUUCCCCAUCAUUUGAAGACGGACAGCCCUGGGGCGGAGAGACUGAAGAUGGAAUUAUUCAUAAUAAGUUGUUUUUGGACUACACUAUAAAGUGCUAUGAGCAUUUCAUGACUGGUGCAGAUUCCUUUGAAGAAUUUGAUGCAGAACUGGAGGCAAAGCUAAAAGAUUUAUAUAAUGUGGCCGAAUCCCACUUGGAAUCCAUAACAACGGAAAACAAAAGACUGAAUAUAGAAAUUGCGAGACUGGAAAGAGAGAGAGAGAAUGAGCCGAAUCGUCUAGUAUCGCUGAGGAAACUGAAAGCGUCCCUACAAGGAGAUGUUCAGAAAUAUCAGGCUUAUAUGACCAAUUUGGAGUCUCAUGCGGGCAUCCUCGACCAGAAGGUGAAAGAUGUUUCAGAGGAGGUUGCCGCAGCAGAAAUGGAGCUUGAAGCAAUAAAGCAGGAGAAUGCCAAACUGCAGCAUACUUUUGAUAACCAGAAGUACUCAGUCGCGGACAUUGAAAGAAUAAAUCAUGAAAGAAAUGAGUUGCAGCAAACCAUCAACAAAUUGACCAAAGAGCUGGAGGCCGAGCAGCAGCAGCUCUGGAAUGAGGAACUAAAGUAUGCUCGAGGCAAAGAGGGGAUUGAAACCCAAUUAGCAGAAUAUCACAAACUGGCUAGAAAACUAAAACUCAUCCCCCAGAGUGCCGAGAAUUCCAAAGGCUGUGACUACGAAAUCAAGUUUAACCCCGAAGCGGGCCCAAAUUGCCUAGUGAAAUAUAGAACUCAAAUCUACGUGCCUCUUAAGGAACGCUUAAACCAAACCGAAGAUGAAAUCAGUAAAGCGCUCCAUAAGAAAAUCAGUUUGGAGGAUGCUCUGGAACAAGUGAACACAAUGGUGGCAGAAAGCAAGAGGACUGUAAAAAUGUUGAAAGAAGAAAUACAAAAGUUGGACGAUCUUUACCAGCAGAAAAUAAAGGAAGCAGAAGAAGAGGAGAAGAAGUGUGCCUCCGAGCUAGAGUCCCUGGAGAAGCACAAACAUUUACUUGAGAGCGUGGUAAAUGAAGGCCUCAGCGAAGCUACAAAUGAACUGAAUGAUAUUCAGCGCCAAUAUCAGGUGGUCCUGCAGACGACAACUGAGGAAAGAUGGAAAAUCGGUAUCAAUGUGCAACGUCUCUUGGAAGUCGUCGCCACUCAUGUAGAAUCUGUGGAAAAAUACCUCGAGGAACAGAUUGUCAAAGCGGACAGAGAAUUUGAAGAAUUUCUGUCCGAAGACUCCUUGAAAGAUUUGAAUGAAAUCAUAGACAAGUAUAAACAGAAGGCUGCCAUCUUGGAGACGGAAGAAGAAAUGCCGACUCGCGAGUGAUCGACGGCCCUCUCACUCCCUUCUGAUGUAGAAAUAUGUAUAAAUGUGUCUCUUCUCGCAAUUGCCGUCCGUGUGCUAGAGUCAGGCCCUCUCCUCUUUGUUAAUAUCUAUGUGCCUUGGCAACUUGAAAAAGAGUGGGCAAAAUGCCCACGGAGUAGACUUCCUCAUUGAAUGAGUGGCUUUUAUUGUCGUCAGUAUUUUAUUGGCGAGGGUGAUCAGAGAGGAGUCCACUAGUGCUUCUUGCGGGGAAUUGGAAGGCGCUAUCCAGGUGAUGAGGUAAAAACGCAGGGAUUCGGGUGUUCAGAAAUCUGAAAUUCUUGAAGAUUGCAGUCUCCAUUCGAAGAGAAAAAUGCUGGAAGUGAACUGGACCCGGAGUCUGUGUGUGUCCCCCUGACCAAAAGUAAAACAUCAGAGGCGGUAGUAGCAUCUACCUUCUCUUGGAAGACCAAGGACGGGCUUGGGCUUCAAAACCCCCCAGAAAGAAGAAGAAAGUAGGGACGUUGAACUGAACUAAGUGCCCAGAGCAUCCAUUCCUUUCUAUAUUUACGAUGACGAUCGGUUGGCUUUGGGAAUUGCCGUAACUUCCAUGCACCUGCAACUGGGGCUAUAGGAAAGGAAUUAAUGAAGCCAAAAUGCCGUUCCAAAGCAUACACAAGUCAGAUAGACUGAGGAUAGGAAAGGAAUUAAUGAAGCCAAAAUGCCAUUAGCAAAGCGUACGCAAGUCAGACUAAGGAUAGCCAGCCGUUAGAACUUAAAAGUCAUCUCUCUCUUUUUCGGUGGGAGGCGGGUGGGGAGACAGAGUUGUGGGGAAACUGAGGCUUGUGAAGAGAUGUAGGAAUUAGGGCAAUUGUUGAAUGCUUUUGCUGACCGUUACGCUGCCCAGGACCGACAAGUGAGGGAAGGGGAUAGUAGCCGGGGCUUUCACCGUAGGACAGGAUGAUGGGCUGUUUGGAAAGGGCAUCCAAGCAGCUGCAGUUCCUUCCUAGGGAGCUUUAUUUACGGCAAGAGGGUGGGCUCUGGCCGGUGUUUUGAGGUGCAGGGUGUUUCUAAACCCACAGUUCUACGGUUACUUUGAAAUACGGCCUCACUGUGGAAUAAAAGCUAGGCAACUGAGGCGUAGCCUCAGCGUAGCUUAGAAGAUUUGAAAUUUUGCAAAGCCUCCCGGAGGGAUAGAUCCUAGGUAUCCAGAUUUAAUGAGGGAGCCGGAUUCUCGCCAACCGGACAUAUGGAAGAGAGUCUUUGAAGUCCCAAAACCUGAAGGGUAAGGUAGCGGCCCAUGUAAACCUUUCUUUUUUCGGUUUUGUUUUAACCUGCAAAUGCUAAGCCACUUUUACGAAGAAGUUAUAGUUUCUACUCUCUGAUUCCAAAAAGGAGUCACAACUGUUGUACAUAGUCUUCUAUUGGUGCCAUUGUUUUCUCCCGGUUACGUCUCUUGCCCGUUUUUCCGUCCUCUGUAUUUCUUGAAGCGUUUCACUCUCCUUUUUUGGCCCUUCCUUUCCAUUCCCUUUCAGUUGUGCUCCUCCUUUUCCUUCCCCACUGUGGAUUCUCUCUGACUUUUUCCCUUUCCGGUCGGCACUCGCGCCUUCCGUGUUUCCUUUCAUUUUCUUGAUCUGACAGUGUGAUAAAUUUUAUAUUAACGGAACGAUCAUUUUUAUAUGGUAUUAAAGGACUGCAUUG